AUGAGCUCUUAUUUUGUCAACUCUCUGUUCUCCAAAUACAAAAGUGGGGAGUCCUUACGUCCCAACUAUUACGAGUGCGGUUUUGCGCAGGAUCUGGGUACUAGACCUACAGUGGUGUACGGUCCCGGUACCGGGGCAACUUUCCAACAUGCUCCACAAAUUCAAGAGUUCUACCACCACGGCGCGUCUACGCUGUCUGCAGCUCCAUACCAACAGAGUCCCUGCGCUGUAACGUGUCAUGGGGAACCAGCAAACUUCUACGGUUACGAUGCUCUUCAGAGGCAAACGCUCUUCGGUGCCCAGGACGCCGACUUGGUCCAGUACAGCGAUUGCAAGCUCGCCGCAGGGGGCAUAGGCGACGAGACGGAGACCACAGACCAGAGUCCGUCGCCCACGCAGCUGUUCCCGUGGAUGAGACCGCAAGUAGCUGCUGGACGUAGACGAGGCCGUCAGACCUACAGUCGCUACCAGACGCUAGAGCUGGAGAAGGAAUUCCUUUUCAACCCCUACCUGACCCGCAAGCGGCGAAUCGAGGUAUCGCACGCUUUAGGACUGACCGAGCGCCAGGUCAAGAUUUGGUUUCAGAACCGGCGCAUGAAAUGGAAAAAGGAGAACAACAAGGACAAGUUUCCCAGCAGCAAGUCGGAACAAGAGGAAAUCGAGAAAGAGAAGCGGGAAAAAGAGCAGGCUGUUAGGGCACAGUCAGCCGGCGAAGACUACGAUAAGGCUAAACAAAUGUGA